CGACAACUCGUUUCGAAGAACUCUCGGAAUGGAAGCAGGCUCAACACCCAUGGAUGGCGUGCAAGCGAAGCCAGAUAUUGCUCCUCCAGUCAUUUCUGCUCGUCCUAGCAAUGUACCUCUCCCGGUCGAGGAGGAAAUAAUAAUGCAAACUAGAGCGCAAAGCCCGUCUUCUGCCUUGCAGCCUGGCGUGUUGGAGUCAUCACACAUCUCAGACCCGAACGUGAAUGUUGCUUUAGAGCGAGAUCGACAUGUGGCAUCAGAUAAAACGGACCCGAACGCUAUGGAGGAUGUUCAGGCAAAUAUUGGGGAUAUUGCUGCUCCCAUCUCCCCAAAAGGAGCGGAAAUAACCAUGCAAAACGGGGGCAGGGUUCCCCGACGUCCCCAUCCCCCGACGCCGUACAGACGUCACACAUAUCGAACCUUAUUGGGAAUAUUCAACUCUCCGGUACAGUCGAAAUUUAAGGAUAGUACGGUUGAGAAGGUGAUUAACACACGAUGUUGAAUGAAGCAGCCCGGAUGCCUGCAGAGGGCGUAGAACCUGGGCCCGUUCCGCCAAAUGACGCAGAAGCGGUGAUGGAAGACCAAGAGAAAGGCGUCUCCUUGCCACCCGAUGCGUCAGAGACAUUGUAUAUUUCUAACCUCAAUGAGAGCAUUAAACUCUCCGUAAUGAAACAAGUUCUGCAUGGCCUGUUUAAGAACUACGGUGAAGUACUGGAUGUAGUGUUACACAAGAAUCUCCGGAUGCGUGGGCAGGCAUUCAUAUCGUUCGGAGAUGUGGAAACGGCUGCUCUCGCCAGGAAGGAGGUCCAAGGCUUCCCGUUGUACCAAAAACCGAUGCAACUGGCAUUCGCGAGGACCCGAUCUGAUGCUGUCAUCAAAAAGCUUACGCCUGAUGAUUUCGAGGGCCAUAAAAGAACACGGUUAGAGCACAAAAGGAAGCAGCGUUGGAAUAACCCUCAUAAACGGAAAGCUCGAGCUAAGCACAACGCUGGACAGGCUGAGGGCCUCGCCGCCCCCGCGCCGAAACGCCCUGCUGUCCAGAUGCCAGACGAGUACCUUCCCCCGAACAAGAUUCUAUUUUUGCAGAACCUUCCGGAAACGACCACACAGAAACAGCUUGUGGAACUUUUCGCACAAUACCCCAAUUUGCUCGAAGUUCGUAUGGUACCAACAAAGAAGGACAUUGCCUUCGUGGAAUAUACCGACGAAAAGAGCUCCAGCGUCGCGAAGGAUGCAUUGCACAAUUACAGGCUCGACGAGGAACACAAAAUCAAAAUCACCUUUGCACGCAAAUGACCUUGCUUUUGGGUGUCUUUCUCAGCAACAAUUUAGGCUGAUUUUCCUGCUAGUAUUUGUGUAUGGUACAGCAAAUGUAAUAAUUUUCUGCAAUUCGAUCCUUCUGGC